CAUAUACACAAUGGCUGCUGGAAAGAGGGGAAAGCAAACAAUUUUUAGGCCCGCCGCGUCUAGCAAAAAAUAUGAGAAAAAAAUUAUUAAAAAUCCGGGAAAUAGUUGAAAGUCAAGAAAAACACCCUAGAAAGGAUGUUAACGCUCCUACGGGCCUUGCGUCUCUGCUGUGUUGACGAUUGGGGCUUUUACGCGCUCUCUGUGCCGGGACGUAUCGCUCGUGUCCAACGCAUGGCUUGCUGUCGCUAGGUUGCCAUGGCAACAGUAUCUCCCAACGACGCGGCAGAACACUGUCGAGCGAGGAAGAGGAGAGUAGAGGGGAAAGCGAGGAAGAACUUCUCCUGUCAGUUGUGCGAGAAGGCCUUCAACAGCUUGGAGAAGCUGAAGGUACACUCGUACUCCCACACGGGGGAAAGGCCGUAUCGCUGCACACACACCGACUGCACCAAGGCCUUCGUCUCCAAGUAUAAACUCCUACGGCACAUGGCCACACACUCGCCAGAAAAGACCCACAAGUGCAGCUACUGCGAGAAGAUGUUCCACCGUAAAGAUCACCUGAAGAACCACCUCCACACACACGACCCCAACAAGGAGGCUUUCAGCUGCACGGAAUGCGGCAAGAGCUACAACACCAAACUUGGCUUUCGAAGGCACCAAGCCCUUCAUGCUGCUCACCGUGGAGACCUCACCUGCCAGGUGUGUCUGCAGUCAUACCCGAGUACUCCCCUGCUGCUGGAACACCUGCGCGGGCAUGCUGGGAAAAGCGCUACCGCGACUAAAGAGAAGCGACAUCAGUGCGAACACUGCGAACGGCGCUUUUACACCCGUAAGGACGUGCGACGCCACUUGGUGGUGCAUACGGGACGCAAGGACUUUCUGUGCCAGUAUUGCGCUCAGCGAUUCGGCCGUAAGGACCAUCUUACCCGCCAUGUUAAGAAAAGCCACGCUCAUGAGCUGCUAAGGGUGAAGGCGGAGCCUGUCGAUUUAAUGGAGUCUCAAUCCUCACCAGCAUCCGGGCCACUCACGCUAAGAUAUCCACUUGGUCAUGCUUCUUACUCGCCAACUCCGCCGCUAAGAGCGGAGCUCGAAAGCUAUCUCCUCGAGCUACAGGCUGAAGAUACACCCAAGCUGAGCGCUUCCGCCACGGUGACUGGAGAGACGACGUCGUCCCUGGACUUUCUGUCCCCACUGUUUAAUUUUCUGCCUUACAGCCAGGGGGCGGGGCCUACUUUGGGAGUGGCUUACAACCAAGAGGAGGGGCUGCUGGCCACGCCCAUCCAAGACACACCGGAGCCUCUUAGCCUUCUUCACACAAUCUCACACUCGCAAAGCAAUGCACUCGCUCCCAGUUACACACACCCACCAUCUCUGAAUACAACCACCACCCUGCCUCGCUUCCACCAAGCCUUCCAGUAGCCCAAAUACAUUCACAAACAAACAAAGUGCACUUUUUAUCAUCAACUUAGCUCUUAAUCAAGUUCGAACAAGCACAGUCCAACAAAUCACCGCAU